AUGAGUUCUGCCGAGGUUCGUCAUGUCUCUACAACUAAGGUCCGGCCAGCAAGUUGCAUCGAUGGAUCAACCAAAAAUCAUAGACGAAUUGAUUUGAAUCCAGUUGAUCUAGCAUUUCUAAGAAUAGCAUACAUGCAAAAGGGUUUACUCUUCAGUAAUGAUGAGAAAUGCAUCAUUGAAAAGAUAAGUAAUCUUAAAACUUCUUUGUCACGUACACUUGAUGAUUUCUUUCCUCUAGCCGGUCGUCUUGCUGUUGAAAAUCAUGAAGAUGAUAACACCAUCUCCGUCUAUAUCAAUUGCAACUUUGAGGGUGUAGAUUUCAUCCAUGCCACGGCAGACAUAUCUGUGGAAGACAUCGUCUCUCCAACCUAUGUUCCUCAAAGCUUAAUCGAUCCGUUAUUUUCCCUCACUGGUGUACCAAACUACAAAGGUCAGUCGCAUCCUUUACUUUCUGUUCAGGUAACCGAGCUGCGCGACGGUGCCGUUUUUAUAGGAUGCAGUGCAAACCAUUCGGUAUGUGAUGGUACAUCAUUUUGGCACUUCAUUAACUCAUGGUCUGAGAUUGCUAGAUCUGCCGACAAUCAUGUUUCAUCUCCUUCUCCGGUGUUUGAGCGGUGGUUCAUCAGGGAAACUGAUUGCCCCAUCCGUCUUCCGUUCUCUUUGGCUGACAAAUUGUCGACGGCAGUAGGUGAUAGCAAUACUACUGAAGUUUCACCACUUGAAGGUCUUGUAGAGAAAUGUUUCCAUUUUACUAAAGCAAACAUUGCAGCGUUGAAAGCGAGGGUCAAUUCAGAGAUGGUAAUAUCAUCAUUACAGGCUCUAUUAGCUCAUGUUUGGACAGCCGUAAUACGCUGUAGGAGCUCUUUAAACGACAAUUAUGAUGAUAGCCGAGUUCUUCCGGUUAUGCUAUUGAUGAAUAACAGAACUAAGUUGAUCCCACCACUGCCGGAAACGUACUUUGGCAACUCACUAGUAGUGGGAUUGGUAACUCUGAAAGAAGGUGAGCUGAUCAAGAAGGGAUCCGGUGUCCUGGCUUCGUUAUUGAAGGAGAUGGUCAACUCCAACAAUUUUGAAAAGAGUAGAAGUUUCAUAGAAUCAUGGAUGGAGAAACCUAUUACGCCGGGGCCUGGUGGUGAUGUUCCAGAAAUUUUCAGGAAUAUGUUUGUAGCUAGGAGUUCCCAGUGGUUCAACAUGUAUGGUAAUGAUUUCGGUUGGGGGCGACCAAUUGCUGUAAAAACAGGUAGAAACGGCAAAAACUAUGGCACAACUACUGUGAGUCCAGGACCAGUUGAAGGAAGUGUUGAUAUUGAAAUUUGCCUACCGGUUGAGGUCUUUAAGGCUAUGGAGAAUGAUGCUGAAUUCAUGGAAGCCUUUUCAUCUUAA